AUGACCAUCAACGAUUCGUCGUCGCGGCCACAGCCGACACUGGAAGGGUGGCCGAAGCGGAAAAGGUCGAAGCGACCGACAAAGGAACAUUACAUUGCUCUCUGCCUUGUCAAGCUCGCGCACAGCAGCUCUGACCACCGUCUCCCGUUGCUUCCAUUUUCCCCGUCUGCAGAUGGCCUCUCUUAUAAGUGCUCUGUCUGCGGCAAGGCCUUCGCAUCCUACCAGGCCCUCGGCGGACACAAGGCCAGCCACAGCAAGAAACCUGCAGGUGGUGUUGCCGAUGACGCCGCCUCCUCUUCCUCUGGCAAGAUCCAGCAUAUUAUUGCUAUCUUCAUCAAACUCUUGUUACAUUG